AGGGGAGGAGUCCUUCGACGGAUUUUAGUGUACUGGGUAUACACUUGAAAACUUUACGUAUAAGUAUUCUAUCUGCAUAAAUUAUUGCAGUUGUAAAAUCUACCUGCAAGAAUACGCAAGAGCUUUUUCUUAUUCUCAAAACGUAUACAACUGAGCAAUCUUUACGACCUUAGCUUUAUUUCCUAAAGCAACAAAUACAAAAUGACCGAGGGAACUGACGCCGGCAGCCGCAGCGUGUUCUGUGGAAACUUGUCCUUCCAGGUUGGUUGGCAAGAGUUGAAGGAGUUCUUCAAGAACUCAGAAGUGGGGGAAUCCUUCGAGCACGCGGUAUGGAAGCGUCAGGUUUGAAAUCGUCAAAGUUGAAAUAAUUUGCAAUGCAUAAAAUGGAUGCCAGUUGGAACGCAGUUUCCAAGUGGCGCAUGACAAAUUGCGGUGGUCCCUAGAUCCAGUUUGUCAUGCUGUUUAGGCAAAGAAGAGCGAUUUUCUCAUGCUACUUUAGCAGCUCGAUCUGUAACCCCAAACAGGCUGACAGUCGGCCUCACUUGCCUGCUCUGCAACAAACGUGCCUCGGGUCAUGCAUUUUAUGCAUGACAAAUUAUUUCAACUUUGUCGAUUUCAACUCUGACACAUCCAUACGCGGAGGUGCUGCAGUACAAGGACGGGCGAAAAACCGGGCAUAUCAAAUGUAAAAAUGUCUGGGUCUGGAAGGUUGUAACUUGUGAUGCUGUUUUCGGAUUCGAAAAAAACCUGUAAUGCAUGACCACCAAGAGGGGUCCAGUUUUUGCCAUGGCGAGAGGGCAUUUCUCAUGCGGAAGGUGCAUCAGGAAGAUUUCUAAAAAUCUGUAAUGCUAGGGCAUACAUCACAGACUAUCAUGGGUCAUGAGAAAUAUGCAUGACAAUUUUUUCACUCUUCCAGACCCAGACAUGUUAACAAUCCAUAUGGCACGGUAUCGUGCGAUUCGCGGACGCGGAUGCCGCACAAAAGGCCAUCGACACCAUGGCAGAUAAGGUGCUGAAGGGCCGGGAAAUCUUCCUGCGCCUCGACCAGAAGGGCGGCAAGGGACCGGGAAGCAAGGGUAAUUUAAAUUUUACAGUCGCGCUCAUGCAUCGCGUUAUUUUGAUAAAUGUCCUUCGACUAUCGCAUCGCUAAUGCAGGCACACACGACACAUUUGCAGCGCAGCUCGUGCGUUAUGUAAUUGUAGCGUACCCGCCUGGCCCGUCGGCUUCGGCGCGGUAAUAGAUCAUGAUACUUUCGUCAUGCGGAUAAAACACUACCACAAACACCUACAAACAGGUAAGGGCAAGCAGCUGAGCGAGGAUUCCGCAGCCGCGCAAGUGUACGUUGGAAUAUCCUGUGCAAAAGUAUCGUACUCGUAUUGCAGUCAUGCAUUACAAAUCUUUUUCUUACGGUAAAUCCGCAUCACAAAUUUUAUUUCUCAUGCUGAGGAAAUUUGUAAUGCAUUUAUACGAGUACGAUACUUUUGCAGUUCAUAUGGAAACCUGAGCUACUACACUUCCUGGCAAAACCUCAAGGACCACAUGGUCAGCGCCGGCGAGGUAAACUUUCAAUUUGUCAUUCUAAUGCUAAAGCAGCAUCAGGAUCAGCACAAAUGGAAAUGGAAAAGUAUGUGGAUGUUGCAUUUGCAGCGUCAAGCAGGCCAUGUAAAUCUAAAUGUCAAACGUAGUUUUGUUGAAUCUACUGCGCACGACAUAUCAAUAUAUCAUCAGUGCAAGUAGAAGAAGUCCAACGUGAGGAAAAUAACCAAACAUAUAACAGGUCGAGUACUGCGAUAUCCUGAAGUCCAAGGACGGACGCUCUGCCGGUGCGGGCUUGGUUCGGUACAAGAACCCGGACGACGCAAAGAAGGCGAUCGAGGAACUGAACGACACGGAGCUCGACGGUCGCGCCGUUUUCGUGCGUGAGGACCGCGAGGGCCGCUACAUCGAGGGCAAGUCCAGCUCCAAGGGCAAGGGAAAGAAGGGCAGCAAGGGAAAGGGAAAGAAGGCAGGACGCAAGUCCGAGGACCGGGAAGGCGAAGUUGCGGUAUUGUUUAUUUACGCUACAUUUCAUCACAUUCUUGCAAGACAGACUCACUUGCUCUUGCGCGCCAGCACGCAUGACGACCUGAAAUGCAGCAGUUGCGACGAUGGUUCCUACACUGUGGCUACGUUUUGGUUUUCUGCAUGGUAAACUACACAACUCUAUCAGGUCCACAUCGCCGGCUUCAAGGAGACCGUCACGUGGAAAGAUUUGAAGGAUGAGUUCUCAAAAUACGAACCUUCCCACACCGAGAUCAAGGCCGGGUAGAGAUUUUUGUCUUGCUUAUGAUUGCUUUAUGAUUAUUCCAGCAUGAGAAACCACUUUUGCAUACCUCGUUGACGCAUGACAACAAUUAGAAGUUUACGGCAAAAUGACAAUUCAUACAUUUUCAAUGUUGCUCGUCAUUCAUCGCUCUGUGCAUCACAAACAACAGGAAAGCCAUCAUCAAGUUCAAGGAUGAGGAAGCGGCCGACGCGUUUGUCGACCAAAUGUGGAAGAAGAGCGCUUUGGGCAAUGACAACAUGGAGCCGGAGGUGGUUGCGUACUAAAGAAGUAGGGAUUGCCAACAUCUUCUUGUUGCGCGCAUGACAAGCUCUGCCUCUCAUCUGAUUUCAGCAUGACAUGUUUCUGAUCCGCAGGUAUCACUUUUCAACAAAAAGUUGUCCUUGUGAUCGAAGAUCAUUUCAACAUCUACUAGCGUGUCACAGAAUUCUUGUACUACCGGCUGGAGCUGCAAGAACCUAGUUGUACAUGGUGUCGUGUCACCUUGAUCAUGAAUUACACAGUACUCGCAAACAAAGAAGCAUUAGCAUCACCACCGAAGGAAAGAAACUAUAACUAUAACUAAACACCGUCUCACCAUCAAACUUUAACUUUCACAAAAUUCAACAAUCUGAUUUACGAAAUUAAGAUAUAAUGCAAUAGAACAGGUUUUUAUGCAGAACUACGAGCAAUUAUAACUGCGCAAAUCAUUUCGAUUUUUUGCAGCCUGUUGGUACACGAAGUGUACUAUCAGCCAGAUGUUGUUGGCCAUCAAAUUUCAAGAAAAGAUCAGAAGUGGCGGGGAUCGUGUUGUCUUCACCUGCAGAUGAAAAGGGAUCCAAUUUUCCAUUGCAUUGGAUCUCUUCUUUACUCAGAUCUAGUGCUCCUUAUCAGCUCCUGCUGGUACUAGCGCAGCAACUACGUAGUUUAGCAUUGCAAAUUUUUGCUUCUGUUGAGCUCUUUCUCUUUGCAGGUCAAGAUGCAGCAUUUACCUCCUAAGCUCUGACUCUAAUUGGAACAUCAACCAGCGUACUCAACAACAUAAAACACCAGUCGCCCAGUAGAGAAUCGCAGAUUGUACUAGUUCCGAUGCGUAUUCUUGCUUGCCACUUUUCAAUUGUUGUUUGUGCUGUCGGGGAAAAUCUUCUUCCAACGACCAUUCGCAGCAAAUGUAUCGUGGUUUUUGCAAUUGGCAAAAAGGAGAAUUGGCCUCUUACUUUCGACGAAAGAUAUUCAGGCCGUUAUUUCUCUGUAUAGAGCUUGCAGAAACUUCUUGCCUUCAACUGCUAGCGAUUCGUAACUUUUUACAACCCGCAAGAGCUACAUGUUGUGCGAUACACAUAUACAGCUGAUGACCCGUUUCACGCUCGCUUUUCUCGAUUAAACCUGUAGCUAUUCUUGUUGAAGAUGAGUUUUAUUCUCACAAAAAAAGCAGACAGCACCGUCAGCAGUACAUCAGAUUUAUGUAACGCUUCGAAGUCACAAGAGCUUUUCGAGUUACGAUAAGGUCCUGAUGGAUAUAGUGCUGUGAAGAAAAUAUCAACGGAAAAACGAGCAUUUUCCUUGCAUUGUAUCUUGCUCGGAAACACUUUAAACAACAACCCUCGCAAAGGAACAUACAUUCUGCUUCAGAUGGAGAAAGAACAU